GUAAAAAGCUUGUACUGUUUAGAGCAUUAUGCUAUAUUAAAUGAAGGGUAAAAAUAGUCAGAACCAGAGUUGGAGCAACUUUAAGGCAAUAUUGUGUCCCAUGUUAUACUGGUUAUAACGGACACAGAGAUUGACAACUUCCUUGUUGUUGUUGUUCCUGAGAAUGCGAGAAAUUUAAGUGAUGGUCAUUCACAAAGAAUGUGACAAAAAAGACUAUAUUGCUUCUGAUGCAUAAGAACUGUGAAGCUUCUGAAGACAGUAUAACUUAACUGGCAAUUCAAGCAUGUUGAUUGGCUGAAGUCGACAGGUGCUCUGGGCGGAAACGCCUCGAGCUAAGUACAAUAACGACUUCAGAGAUAGGUGAGGUUCAGUGAUAGGUAUUUGUUAAUUUUAUAUAGAAGUUUAUAGCUGAAAUUUUGAAAAAGAAUCAAUAUAUUUGAAAUAACCAUAUAAAGUCCCCAUAUACUGCAGAGUAAUAUUCGUAUUGUUCAUAGUGUUAUAAUCCAUUGAAAAUAAGUUUAAAAUAUAAAAAGGUUUCAUAAUAACUGGCAACCAAGUCUCACCUGUAAACAAAGGUAAGCCUAACGUAACGUUAUCCAAGUAUUUUAGGCCUAACGUAACCGGAAUUGUUCGUUUCUGCCACUGCCAGUCAGACGCCAUUAUGCCAGUGUUAGACAGAUGUUGGACACCAUUUCAGGUAUAUUCAUGGACUACUGUCAAAAUGGGGAGUUACUACGCUGCUGUCUAUACAGGCGUGCUUCACAUAUUGACCACUGUUUAUGCAAUUUAUGUCAUGCAAGGAGGAAGAUCUGAAUGGUUCUUUGGACCUUAUUUUGAACUUGAUAAAGCAGAUACGUAUUCUGCAGGAAUAUUUACAAUUGUCUUCAGCAUUUGUUUCAUACUCACUACUAUUAUGCUUCAAAUUGGACUGUCGAAAGAUAACCGUUGUCUUUUCUUCCCUUGGUUUAUUGGAAUGAUAUUAGAGAUUUUAUUGAUGGUUGCUGUUGGUUUGUGGUUCAUUGCUCGAUACUACAGAAAUCAUCUUGUUUUCCAGAUAUACUGUCUUUUAUGUGUGAUAUCCCAGUACCAAGUUGUGAAAAGUUAUCAAGAGCCCCAGUUUGUAAUCCUCUAUCCUUGAAUGCCAGAAAAUGAAGAAUGGUUUAUGGACUUCAUAAUUAUUAUUUUCUCACCAACAGUUUUUCUGUAGUUUUCCUUCCUAUGAUAAAAUCAACUUUGUAUAUACAACCAUCAUGUAGACCCACACACACAUACCACUUUUUUUUCUGUAUUUUGUGAGGAGAAAGAGAACGAUAAUUUGAUACAUAUUAAUAAGAAUGUGUAAAUUGAAGAAGCUUUGAUAAUAAAAUAGGAACAAAGAUGUGUUCCACACAACCAAAAUAAUGAUGAUUCCUGUAUGGAUUAAAAUUUUUUUUUAAUAUUUUGAGUUAUUUUUAUGUAAGUUUCUAAUAAGUAAAAAAGGUGGUUGAUUAGAUCUUAUAUUUCAAGGUAAGGUGGGUUUCUCUGGUAGGAUGAGCGAUGAAGAUUGAUAUAAUGUUUACAGAGAGCACUCACUAGUAAAAGUUCACAUUUGUAGCAUGUAUGUUGUACAUUACGCUGAGUAGUUUGUUGAAGAAGAAAUGAAUGCGGCUUCAUUAUCAGUUUAAGCCGUUUCUUAGAUAAUCGUGGAUAAUAAAAAAAAAUGUGUUGAACAUUGAUUUAGAAAUAAUUGGGAGGGUGAAAACUGAUCUAAAGAUAAUCAAAAUGCAUAUAUUGUAAAUUUUGUGGGGACAGAAAUUCAAAUAAUACUGCUAUAACUGUGUACAAAUCGAACUUAUGGAAAGUCUUUUAUAGAAUGAAUCUCAUGGAAUUUAAUUUAGAAAAACAUUUUUGUUUUGUAAUUGUUGGGUAGGUGUAGUGACCUUUCAGACAUCAGAACGAUUCAUGCAUAUAACCACUUUUGUAACUUGUCUUUUUUUUUCAACUGUUAUUUAAUUACCAUAUUAUCUGCAUGUUCAACUAAUUGUAAUUAAAAAUAAUAAUAAUUAUGAGACCUAAUCAAAAGUAAUGGAUUGGCAUUAAGUAAAUUUUGAAAUGUUGGGUUCUCAAUUUAUUAACCCUACUGUUUUCUAGAGAAAAAGCUUUUUUAAAAGAGUUUUUCUUAAGGACUAAUCCUAACAUGUUCUGUGUUUUUCUCAUUCUUAUUUUGAUAUCCGAAGUCAUCAUUUAUAGCCAAAUGACACUGAUACAGUAACUUUAAACUUAACAAAGUAAAAUAAGAUUACGCUGACACGAAGUAACUUUUUCACCAUUUUUUGUGAAGUAUUUUUCAUAAAUUACAUUUUCAACUGGGUACUAAAUUAAGCAGAUAACUUUAAUAUUUGUCAAAAAUCUAAAUUAAUACAUUGGUUUUAAAUAAAAAGAAACGUAUCCUUGUAAAUAAACCAUAAUUAAAAGUACUGCCGUGCUUAUUCUGUAU